AGCUUAACAUGAGCCUCUUGUUCUGAUACUCUAGGCUGGGAGAAGCAGGCAGCAGCCAGUCACCCCUAACCAGCAGAAACACUGGGGACUCUUUCUGAAGCGAGCCAUCUGUUAUCUGCUAUCUGUCUUGGGGCUGACGUUUUUAUGGCUGUAAAUAUACGCAGCGUUGCCCAAGCAGGCCUGCUUUCCCAGCAGUACCCACCCCCCCUACUUCCUAAACCUGGAAAGGAAAAUGUCCGGCUCCAGAAGUUACUUAAGAAAAGUGCUAAGAAAAAAGCUGCUGCCCAAGCUUCCCAGACAACAGCCCCUUUCCGCUCAUGCCUCUCUCCAGUAACUGAGGCCAGUCCUGACCUGGAGUACAGUGACCACUCAACUCCACCCAAGACACCAGAAACACUAAUCUAUGGAGGUACACUGCACCCACGGUUCAACAUCAGGCCACUGUAUCAACAUUCACCAUCCCCUUACCCUCAUCAAGGCAGCAAUUCUUACAUCACACCAGCAAGGUUCUCCCCACAGCCCUACGUUACACCACACCAAUCAACUGCAUUAUUUUCAUAUACAACUCCUCCCCCUCUUGCUGGUGCACCAUUAGUUCCUUCCUAUACACCAACAUCUAUAACUGUUACGUCUGUAACUACCACAACUGAGAUAAUCCAGCCUAUUUCUACAGUACCACUUUUUGUGACAGUAAAGCAAACAAAUAAUGUGCUAACUACACCCACUUUUAUUAUCUCAAAAGCUGCAAGUCCUCAGCCAUCCUCAAAAUCUAUGUUUGAUGUUCCCCAAAUUACAAAUUACACUUCUAAGACAGCAACAUUAAAAACCUCCCAAUAUACAUCCUCACCAACAAUGCAAAGGAGUAGAACACCCAUUUCUGAGGUGCUGCGAGGUCCGACACCAACAUUUGAAGUUAGAAGGAUUGUCACACCAACCUCAGAAUUAAAGAGAGAUAAAACACCAACAAGAGAAAUCAAAAGAGUCACAACACCAACAUCUGAAAUUAAAAGGAGUGUAACACCUACAGUUGAAAUUAAAAGGGGUGCAACGCCUAUAUCUGAAAUGAAAAGGGGUGUAACACCCACAUCUGAAAUUAAAAGGAGUGUAACACCUACAGCUGAAAUUAAAAGGGGUGCAACACCUACAUCUGAAAUUAAAAGGGGUGCAACACCUACAUCUGAAAUUAAAAGGAGUGUAACCCCUAUAACUCUAAUUAAAAGGGGUGUAACACCUACAUCUGAAAUGAUAAGUGACACAACCCCAAUUUCUGAAAUAAAACCUCUGACUAUUCAAGCUUUAGAGGUUAAGAGAGGAACUACACCAACAUCUGAGACAAAAGGUGAUGCAACAGUUAUGACUGAGACAAAAAGGGGGAGAACCCUGACAAGAACAAGAACAAAAACACCAACAUUUGAUCUUUCACCAUCAAAAACUUCAUCAGGGCGACCAAAGACACCGUCAUAUCACGUUUCACCUGCUAGGAUACCUGUUAUAGAAAUUUCAAGACCCAACCCACUUUUAUUUGCUGUCUCUCCUGUGUAUAUGGAGGGCAGAAGAUCCAAAACACCAACAUCAAGUUUAGUUGGGCCAAGUGAUGAAAUUGCUCAAGAAACUGAGAAAAUAAAGCAAAAUAAUCUUUCUGAAUUAAUACAAAAUUAUGAGGUCCAUAUCAAAACAUCUGAAACUUCAGAAGCUAGACCAUCUUCUGAAAAAUCCAAGGAACCUGAAUUGUCAAAGCCAAAGGUCGCAGUACAAGGUGCUUCAAAGACUACAGAGACCACUGAAUCCCAAAGCUUAAAGACCAGCAUACAUGAAGGUUCUAAACCUCAGACUCCUACAGUUGAACAUAGAAGUCCCAAAACACCAAACUCUGAGUUUUCUGAACCUGUUAAACCCUUACUGGGGUAUCAAAGACCAACUGUACUGCCGUUUGCAGGUCAAAGACCAAGAACACCAACGUCAAAAUCAAAAUAUUAUGGUUUAACCCCAGCUGAAUAUGUUGCUUAUGGGGGAAUAAAGAGUUAUACACCUGCAUUUGGUAUCUCUAGAUCUAUAUCACCGGCUGCUUUAGAAUCUAAAUCUCCAGAACAGGCAACACAUGUACCUGAUGUGAAAGAGAAGCCAGAGAGUCCCAAGACACCUGUGGAUAAAGUGUCACCAUCCAUUACUGCUGCUAUUGAAAAAGAAACUCCUGUUGGCCCAAUGGGUGAAUUUUCAGAGGCUGCAAUGCCAAUAGUAAAGGCAGAGCUAAAACUGGAGCAAGGUAUAGCUACAUCAGAGAGAAUGGAACCAAAUGAAAAAGCCUCUGGAGUUCCUGGAGUUAAAAUUCCAAGUAUUGUUGUAUCUAAAGUUGACACACCACCUUCAGAGGCUCUCGUGACAGUGACCACUAUUCCUGUCACACAGAAAGUUAGGACUCCGACAUAUGACACAUCUAAACCAAAGACAGUGCCGUCUGUAGCUUUAAUGGAUACUACUAAACCUGAAACUCAGCCAACACCAGCAUCUGUAAAAGCUGUAACACCUGACCAAAAUGCAGAUAAAAGUUCAAAGCCAACAAAAAUAAGCACAAUGUCACAGAAGAUACCAGAGCCUCGUAUGUCUUUACUGGAGAGGAUUAAAGAACAAAAGUCUUUAUCUGCCCCUCCAACAAAGGCUCCUGAAAUGCCUGUGACUGAAACAACAGAAGUUAAGCCUCUGGUCAAGCCAAAGGAUGACCAGAAGAACAAAGUUAAACCUGGUGAAGAUGAUUCAUCAACACCGAAAGAGAGCAUACCAAAAGAUGCAAAACCUGCAGUCAAAAAUGAGGAGGCCAGCGUCCUCCCAACUGCACAGCCUCUCCUAAAGGCCUUUCAGAAACCAAAAGGCAUGAAGUCAAAACUCAGUGGCUGGUCUCGUCUCAAGAAACACCUGGUGGUGGAGGUAGAGGAACCUAAGUUUCCUGUUUCUGAGCCAGAACUGAAGAAAGAUGCCCUUGAUGGAACUGCUCAGGAAACACAUGAGCAGGAAAACCAAGGCAAAGAAACAGAUAAGACUAGGGGAAAAGAGGAUAAAGAUGCCCCUAGGGCUGCAAAAAUGUGGGACGCUGUCCUCUUCCAAAUGUUUGCAACCAAAGAAAGUAUCAUGCAACAGAUUGAAGCCAACAAAACUGAGGAGCAAAAGAAAGAGGAGGCUAAAUCAGAUAAACCAAAAGAAAUUCCUGCAUUUGCACAUCGCCUUCCAGUUCUCCUUUACAGUCCUCGAUUUGAUGCCAGGAAACUGAAAGAAGCAGUUUCACGACCAGUAACGAAGAUUGCAACAGUGUUUGAGAUGGGUCUCAUAGGUCGCAAAAAUAAAGACGAAGAACCAAAAGACUUUAACAGAACAGCCAAAGGGUUCUUUACUACAAAAACUACCAACGUCUAGGUGAUAAGUAAUGAAACGGCCAAGGAUACUGUAUUUUUUCAGUAAUUGUGUACAGUUCUAUUUAUCACAAUUCAACUAUCUUAAAGUUGAAAUUAAAUAAGAAAGUGAAUGUAAUCUGUUUGUAUGAUUUACACAGAGGA